UUGCUUCUUUAUCCCAUCAACCAAAACAAGACUUUAGCUUUCGAUGGAUUAUAAUGUGAUUUGUGAAAACAGAACACUUGUAUCUUGUCUACCGUAACAUACUUUAAUAAUAUGAGACGUGUAUCUGACUAAUCUUGCCAAUCGUGAAAUGCAUCCUGCAUUCACAGUUCCAUGAUCACCUGUCUGAGGCUGUCAGUCAAAAUACAGUAGAGUGCAGGUAUACAGUAUAAUAUUUGUAACCUGUUUAUUUCGGGUGUAGCAAUACCAUGUCAGCUAGUAUGGCUAUUAUGAGGAUUGCCAGUGUAUAGCAGCUGUCUGAAACAAAAUGAAGGACUCGGUUACCUUGCUGGUGUUUUCCACUGUUCUCCUUGUCCUGAGUUUAAACAUACACCCCUCAAAUGCGGUUUGUCAAAUCCAAUGUGGUUGGAAGGCUGAGUGCAAAAACCUCACAUGUGAAUGUCCUGCAGGCUAUGAGCUUCAUCCUAACCAGCAAGACUGCAAGACAGCUGUGUGCAUUGGAAGGGACUGUUUAGAAUGUGAUUCAGAAAACAAAUGCCAAAGAUGUACAAAUUUUCUCUCUGAGCAAAGUCGUGAGUGUUUGCCGAAGUGUAAUGGUGAGGCUAAGAUAAUACAGAGUGGAGACCUUCAGGGAAGUGUUUGUACAGAGCUCAAGAGUGAUGACAGUAACCUGGACAUCAUUAUAGGUAUAGCGGCCGGUGUGUCAGCCGCCAUUAUCAUCUGUCUUAUCAUGGGCAUCAUAGUCUACUGCCACCUGAGGAAAAACAGACAAAAAAUUAAUCUACAGCAGCAAAAAAACAAGGCUGAAAAUAUGCAACUUGGAAAAUUGACAGCUAUCCCUACAUAUGACAACAAGGGUUAUGAGCCUGAUGUGGACACACUGCGAGCCCGGCUGAGUGGAGUGGUUGACCGCGACCAGUACCAGGCAGAAUAUGAGAAAUUGCUCCCACAGGCUGAGGUCCUACUGAUGCUCCUCAACCAAAUCCGCCGCAAACUCCGGGCUAUGAACAGUGGAGAUCCUCGUGUUCCUACAUACAAGGGUGUUAUCCACCAGCUGUGUCGAGUACUGGUACUGCUCCAUAAGAAAGAACCAGUGACCAGUAUUCCAGCUGAUGCCCUCGGAUUAUUUGAGUGGGCUCAUCAACUCCUCGAAGAUUAUCAGUUAGAAAAUCAGGACCAGACAACGUGUACAUCGGAGGAGGCCCCACCUAGUAAAAUUUCCUAUAUUGAGGUACCAGAGGAAAAGCGCCAGAGUCUUUACCACCAGUAUGCUAUCCCCCACGUCCAUCGUCAGAAGGCCACCAAUGGUCACAGCAAACAGCCGUCCACCUUGUCCCGCCACUCAGACACUGGGUACUACAGCAGUACCCCAGUUCCUAUAGAAUACCACAGCAACACCCUCCCAGCCACCCGAAGCUCUUUUCACCCAGAGCCAAAGACCUCCAAAACCAACAAGAAAGAAACACGCAAAACUAAAAGUGCCACCAAUAUACAUCACAAUCUUCAGGGCAGUGACUUGUCUAUGGGCUAUUUUACAAAUGGACGGUAUUAUGAGCCAGCCCCACAGCAUGAAAUAUACGCCCCUGCCAGUUCUUAUAGUGAUCGUAGCAACCACCUCUUGUCAACAUUCCUAGCACCAACAAUUCCACGCACUCAGUCUUUCUCCUCCUCACUCGGGAAUUCAGAUGGAUUACGAGAAUCUUCAGACAGAGAGGAUAGGGAUGUAGAAGGUGAAGGUGACUCCAGUGAUAAUGAGGCUUUGCCCUUUGACCCAAAGGAUGCUACAGAGCCAAUGGAAGUCUGAACUCGCUGCUGUCUUUAAUCGACACCAACAUUUUGCAUGGUGUCAAUACUACAUAUCAAUGAGGCGUCACAUUCCUGUGUCGAUGCAACGUUUCUACCUUUGUAUUGUCUGUAGUUGCUAUUUCACACUUGUGGCGUUGACUUUGUGGUUUUCAGUUUAUAGUGUUUGUUGUGAUAUUUAACAAAAGAAAUAUGCUAUCAUGCUGAAUUUGUAGAUUUACCAUCAAAUGUGAAAAUGGCAGAUAUAACACUGCCUUGCAAACUCUGUUUACAGUAUUCAUGGUCUCAUAUCUCCUAUUUUUUUUCAUUUUAUUUUGGUUGUUUUAGGAAAAGUCUAAAAUGUCAUGUGCUUCUCUUAUUAGAAUUGUUUGGUAUACAUGUAUUGCAAUAUGGAGUAAUUCACAUUUUUAUUUUCAACUAUUUCUUUGUUUUGUUUCAACAUUAAUUUACACUUACUUGUAGUUUUGAGCUAAAACCAUAAGAAAUAAAUCAAAACAAUAAGUCAUUUUUUAGUUCAGAUUAUUUUGUCAAACUAUUUGGUGCUUUUUUUUAUAUUAUUUGCAAAUUGUUGUAUUAUUUCACUUCACCAUAAUAAGAAUCUUUUACUCUACUUGAUGUCCAGUUUGAUGAGCUUGAGUGGUACAAAAAGGACAGCUUUUUACACAUAGCUUCGCUUAUUUCUACUGAAAUCCCAGGGGCCCACCUUUGUUGACAAUCACAGGUUUAUAUUAGUCUGAUUUUUUUUCAGCUUUUACAGGAGAUAUUCUUUCCGAGACAGACAUACUAUUUAUAUGUACAGCAAAUAUAUCUGUUUGUAUGUCUGACCAUUUCCUUCUUCCUUGUUUAGGAAUGUUGCAUUGUGAAUGAUUUUUUUUUAAAUUUAUCAUUAGUACAAACCAUUAAUUAAAUGAACCAUCUUGACUUAUUUGUGUUCUUUUAGAAUGUUGAUGAAUUUAAGAUUUUUUGGCAAUAUACAGGACUGGGAUGAUAUACCAACUAUACAACACAACACAUGUAUAAAUACAAUACCUUUUUUUAUGAUACGAUACAUAGCAUGUUGGAUCUCAUUCCCUGGGAAUCAUUUUCAAGGUUUCCUCUCUUCUGUUUUGAUAACCAUCCUUCGUGACCUAUAUGUGUUGUGACAUUGUUUAACCUCAAAAUAAUUCUAAUAUUUCUUACAAAUCAAUUUCUGAAUUUUGAUAUAACCAUAUAAAUGUCUUUCUCAGUGUCCUUCCAUUUAUGAUUGAAGUCUGUGAUAGAUAUGUUAUAUGAAGCUCUUUAUUGGAACAUUUGAACAGAAUUUUGUAGUGGAUGUCAGAAAUGUAAUUUUGGGUUAUGUUUAUAUGAGAUUGGAUGUGUCUUGACAUUGAUAUAUACUGUACUCUGUACAUUGUCAAUUCCUUCUAUUUUAAUGUCCGAAAUUUUGAUAAUGACUUUGUGUUUCUAGGUUUACAUUCUGUACCAAUUAUAACACACUUCCAAAUUUUAUUUUACAAAAAAAGUAAUUACUUGGGUCACAUAAUACUGGACAAAGUUUUACGGAACUGGAUUUAGAUGUAAAAAAUCAUAUUUAAACAGUGCUAACGUACAUAUACAUAUUAAUCAAAAUGUGGCAACACUAGUCACUGAGGGGCCAAGUUAGUAGGAUGGUUUCAGAUAUUUUAACAAUAUUAUAUUGACACUUGCUUGUUAAAUAUGCAUGGGUUUUGUCUCAUUCUUAAUUUAUUGAUUUUUUUUAAUGUAAAAAUGUGAAAUAUGAUUUAGAAAAUGUUUUCUUUUAAUCCAGUUGUAUCUAAAUUACAAGCACUAAACAUUAAUAUAGUUUUUAAAUAUAACUCAAUGUAUUAUCAUAUUAAUUUUUAAUGAUACAUAUUAAAUUGAUUUUUUAAGAAUAUAAAAUGAAGAAACUUUUUAACUAUAUUUCAUAAAAUGUAUAACUUUUCUGGAAAUUGUACUGCUUUUUAUUACUACACCACUAGGAUUUGUUUGCACUGUAGAUUUCCUAGAAAUUUACUGUAGUUUUUACUUAAAUCAAUAUUCAAAUAAUAUCAAUACAAUAAAAUUAAAUAGCAAAUUUACAAUGUAGGUUAUUUUCAGAAAGUUCAAACUACAGCAAGAUUAAGGAGGUUUAAGAAUAUUGAUGUUUUAUGAACAUGAAUAAUGCAAAUCUAUUGUAUUAAUGUUUUUUCCUAUCUAUACAUCAGAAUUCUGUUAGAAAUCCAGUAAUAUUAAAUAAAUAAUGUAGUGUUUGUUUUUACGAUAACCUUCCUCUUUGAUGUUCAACCUUAUCCAAUUCGACUUUUUAUUUUUUUAUUUUAACAGAUUUUUAACAAUGUUUCAUACAAGAAUAAGUAUACUAAUUGGUCUCAGUAUGGGAAUUGUGCAGACAUAAUUGUAUGCGAAAUAUAAGGCUUGGCUGGCCA